CCAGUCACCCCAGCAAGUGCAUACUGGCCAGGCCUGUUGGAAGCAGCUCUGGCUAAGCGAAGGUCUCAACGGCGAGUCUACGCCCGUCUAUAGCUUAAUCUUGUAUACUUGCUUAGUCAGCCCCCAGGAGUAUCAGUGCAGCUGCAUUGCCCACAACUGGCACUACAUCUCACUGCGCACGCCCCUCAGGAGCCAUAGAGUCGACAUUCAGGGUCCCGGCGCGGCCGCCGCACCGUUCUAGCUCACCCACCAAGCAAGCGACCAGUCCGCCACAGCGGCGCACGCAUCUAGGCCACAAGCGCGAGUCGAGCAUCACCUCAUCUGUCGAGUUCCUCAAAAUGAACUCAGAGACCAUGUCGCAGGUGCAACGGCCGCAGCGGACGCCGUCAUCUGUUAGCACUAUGAGUAGCCGGGAUUCGUUGGAUGCGCAGGUGGAGAAGCCCGAAGAGGAAGAGCUCAUGCGCAUGGACGAGGAAGCAGCAGUGCCUGUGCGAAGCAAACCUAGCAGGUGGAACCUGUGUGCGAGGCGGCAUUUACUCAUCAUUGGCGUCAUUGGACUCGUCAUAUGGUCAGGCGCACUUGCCUCCUUUGUCUUUCGCGGCUCGUUUGAUUCACACACACAUCAUCCAAUUGCAGAGAGUCGUCGAUUGACGCUCGAUACGGCACAGUCGCCUAUAUGGAUUGCGCAUGAGCAUCAAGUCGAUUGGACAGAUGCGCAUGGGGAAGAUGGUGUAUUUUUGAUACAAUCAGAGCAAGACUUGCGCCUAGCCAGUGUCAAUGGCACGAACGAGGUAUUUGUCAAGGCGUCUGACAUUCGCGCAGAUCAACUCAAGGGCAGUCCGCCGAUUCCAGCGACAAAGCAUUGGAUCUCUGCAGACAUGAAAUACCUGCUGCUUGCUUCAGAGGUACGACCUAAUUGGCGACACUCUUUCACUGCCAAGUAUUGGGUGCACAACGUCGAAAAGAAGCAGACCAUUUCACUGAUUCCCGAUGACCCAGAGGCCAUUCUUGCACAUGCUGCUUGGGCGCAUAAAGGACAUUCCAUCGCAUUUGUCAAGGACAAUGACGUUUAUGUACGCCACAAUAUGGGCGACGUGGAGCGUGUCACUUCAGACGGCUCCAAAAACAUCUUCAAUGGUAUUGCUGACUGGGUGUAUGAAGAGGAAGUGUUUGCCAAUGAUGUGGCUCUCUGGUGGGCGCCUGAUGGCAAAUCAUUUGCCUACCUCAAGACGGAUGAAAAGCGUGUGAGGGAGUAUCCACUUGAAAUGUUUGUUGGUAAUGGUGCGCCUCAGCAGUACCCAGACAUCGAGUGGCUCAAGUACCCAAAGCCAGGCACGGCGAAUCCUAUCGUCAAGCUGUUUCACUACAACUUGGAAAGCAAACAGUCGACGCAAGUGACUGCGGAAGGAAGCUUAUCCGAUAAUGAUCGCCUCAUUACAGAGAUCAAGUGGCUCGGCCCUGAAAAGCUUUUUAUGCGCGAAAACAAUCGCGACAGCGUCAUUCAGCAGACCAUCAUUGCAACACCCGGCAAGGGAGCCAAAGUGACGCAGACGCUCAACAUUUCUAGCAUUGACGGCGGCUGGUUUGAGAUUACCCACAACACACAUUAUAUUCCAGCGAAUCCAGCACACAACCGUCCAGAUGACGGGUAUAUUGACAUUGUCAUUAGCGACGGCCACUUGCAUCUGGCGCUUUUUUCUCCAGUCGAUGCAGCUGAGCCCAAGAUGCUGACCUCUGGCAACUGGGAAAUUACGGGCGGUGUCCAGGCCAUCGACCUCGAACGUGGCCUCGUCUACUUUUUGUCUACAAAAAAGAGUUCCACAGAGCGACAUUUGUCCAGCGUAUCCAUGGUGACUGGCGAGAUUUCAGACAUCACCAGCACAAAAAAUGAGGGGUACUUUUCAACAAGCUUCUCACCAAAGGCUGGUUACUAUCUUCUCACCUACUCUGGCCCUGGUGUGCCCUAUCAAAAGUUUCUCAGCACAAAUGACCCAUCCUUUGAGAUUGUGCUUGAAGAGAACUCAGCCAUCAAAGCUCAGGUGGCCAAGUACGACUUGCCAACCAAACACUACUCCACCAUCACGAUCGAUGGUCUUGAGAUGAAUGUCAUGGAGCUGCGUCCGCCAAAUUUUGAUGGCUCCGGCAAGACCAAGUACCCAGUGCUAUUCAAUCCUUAUGGAGGUCCAGCAUCUCAGCAAGUGCACAAACGAUUCAAGCAAGGCUGGGAGGCGUACCUUGUGUCUGAUCCAGCUUUGGAGUACCUUGUUGUAACAGUCGACGGACGUGGUACUGGCUUCAAGGGCCGCUCUCUCAGAACACCCAUCCGUGGUCAUCUUGGCAGGUACGAGGCUAAAGACCAAAUCGAAGCCGCCAAGAUUUGGCAAGCAAAGCCGUACACAGACAAGAACAAAUUCGCCAUCUGGGGCUGGUCCUUUGGCGGCUUCUUGACGCUCAAAGUACUCGAGGCUGCGUCUGGCGUCUUUCAGUAUGGGAUGGCCGUAGCACCUGUGACAGAUUGGCGGUUCUAUGACUCGGUAUAUACUGAGCGCUUCAUGGGUUUGUUGGAGGAGAAUCAAGCAGGCUACGAAGAAACAGCCGUGACCAACAUGACUGCAUUCUCGGAAGCGAAACGGCUGCUCGUGAUGCACGGAACAGGCGACGACAAUGUCCACUACCAAAACACCUUGACAUUCAUCGAUCAUCUCAAUCAAGCUGGUGUUGAGAAUUACGACCUGCACGUCUUUCCAGACUCGGAUCACAGCAUCUACUUUCACAAUGCGAAUCGGCAAGUCUAUCAUCGCUUGACGAAUUGGUUGACGCGUGCGUUUGGUAAGCGAGAUCCGGCAGGUGAGGAUAGAUCUUGGGUUGUGCCUGCAUAGUUUCCUGUAGCAGUUUAGCGUAUUCCUGCUUGUUUCCU